GGAAGUUCGGAGACUGUCCGCGACGCUCUUCUGCCUCAGUAAGAGUAGAGUUGUGUUCACGUGUGGUUGUGUGUCUCCUUUUUUUUCGCCGAAAUAGGCCACACAACCUACGUUCAUUCGUGAAACUAACUCUUCUAGAAAAACCCAAAAAAAAAGCAAAAAAGUCUCCGAAAAAAACGCAUACAAAAAAAUCGCAAAACCGUAGGCGAAAACCGUCGUAACCCUGGCAGUGUGCGAGUGACGGGACGCGACGCGACACGAGAACACGAGAGAGCAAGGAAGACGACGAGAGGACCUCGUGCACGAAGGGAGAGGACGACGAGCCAUAUUGCGAGCGAGAAAAGCUUCGGAAGACGAAAGAGGGAGCGAGAAGUGAAAUCUCAGCGCGUCGAAGUGCAAAAGGGAUCCAUCCAUAUUGGUAUCUUCUCUCUCUCUCUCUUUCCCUUUCUCCCUCCCUCUCUGUCUCUCUCUCAGUCUCCGUAGUGAAGACUCGAAGCACGAUACUCUGCAGCCGCCAGCAUCAUGAAUCCCGGAGCGCCCAACUACCCGAUGGCCUCGCUCUACGUGGGCGACUUGCAUACCGACAUCACCGAGGCGAUGCUCUUCGAGAAGUUCUCGUCGGCGGGUCCCGUAUUGUCGAUACGCGUAUGCCGAGACAUGAUCACUCGUCGCUCGCUCGGCUACGCAUAUGUCAACUUUCAACAACCGGCUGACGCCGAACGCGCCCUGGAUACUAUGAACUUUGACAUGAUAAAGGGGCGGCCUAUUCGAAUCAUGUGGUCCCAGCGUGAUCCUUCUCUACGCAAAUCGGGCGUCGGAAAUGUAUUCAUAAAAAAUCUAGACAAAAACAUAGACAAUAAAGCCAUGUACGAUACAUUUUCCGCUUUCGGGAACAUAUUAAGUUGCAAAGUCGCGCAGGACGAGUCGGGCGCCUCUAAAGGAUACGGUUUCGUCCAUUUCGAGACCGAGGAGGCGGCCAACAAGUCUAUUGACAAAGUCAACGGCAUGUUGUUGAACGGCAAAAAGGUGUACGUCGGCAAGUUUAUCCCACGCAAAGAACGCGAGAAGGAAUUGGGCGAGAAGGCCAAGCUGUUCACAAAUGUCUACGUGAAGAACUUCGGCGAGGACAUGACGGACGACAAACUCAAAGAAAUGUUCGAGAAAUACGGGACCAUUACCAGCCAUAAAGUAAUGAGCAAAGACGACGGCAAAUCGCGCGGCUUUGGAUUCGUCGCGUUCGAGGACCCGGACGCGGCCGAGGCGGCGGUGAUCGAGCUGAACGGCAAGGAGAUCUCCGAAGGCAAGUGUAUGUACGUCGGCCGCGCCCAGAAGAAGGCUGAGCGUCAGCAGGAACUCAAGCGAAAGUUCGAGCAGCUCAAGAUCGAGCGAUUGAAUCGCUACCAGGGCGUAAAUCUCUACGUGAAGAAUCUGGACGACACGAUCGACGACGAGCGUCUGCGCAAGGAAUUUACGCCGUUCGGCACCAUCACGUCCGCCAAGGUGAUGAUGGAGGAGGGUCGCAGCAAAGGUUUCGGCUUCGUGUGCUUUUCGCAGCCCGAGGAGGCCACCAAGGCGGUCACCGAGAUGAACGGGAGAAUCGUCGGCUCGAAACCGCUCUACGUCGCUCUGGCGCAGCGGAAGGAGGACCGUAAAGCGCAUCUCGCCUCUCAGUACAUGCAACGCAUGGCGAACGUGCGCAUGCAACAAAUGGGCCAGAUAUUCCAGCCUGGUAAUGCCGGCAGUUACUUUGUUCCCACAUUGCCGCAACCGCAGCGCUUUUACGGGCCCGCUCAGAUGGCUCAAAUUCGCGCCACACCGCGCUGGCCGGCGCAACCGAAUCAAGUACGACCGAACGCGCAGACCGGAAACUCCGGAUUCGCAUCGAUGCAAGCCGCACCUUUCCGAGCGGCGCCGCGCGCCCCUGCCGCACAGGCUGGCGCCUUGCGUAACAGCAUGUCCGCCAGACCUAUCACAGGUCAACAAGCAGUCGGCGGAGCCAACAUGCAGAAUCGUUCCAUGGCAGGACCUGCCGUCGGGGUUUCGCCCGGUCAAAGCCGUCCUUCGAACUACAAGUACACCGCCAACAUGCGCAACCCGCCGCAGACGGCUAUGGCGUUACCUGCACCGAGUGGCCCUUCGGUGCAACAGGCUGUACACAUUCAAGGCCAAGAACCGCUGACCGCGUCCAUGUUGGCAGCGGCGCCUCCACAGGAGCAAAAGCAGAUGCUGGGUGAACGAUUGUUCCCGCUUAUUCAAUGCAUGUAUCCGUCGCUGACCGGCAAGAUCACCGGAAUGCUGUUGGAGAUCGAUAACAGCGAGCUGCUUCACAUGCUGGAGCACAACGAAUCCUUGAAAGCCAAGGUCGAAGAGGCAGUGGCUGUGUUACAGGCUCAUCAAGCCAAGCAAGCUGUUGCACCGAAAAAAGAAUAAGAGACCGUGCUUUGUGAGAUUGGAUCUUUUGUUUAAAAAUGUUUAAUUUUUUUUAAUCUGCAAUAACAUUGAUAUGGAAUUACAUAUGAUAAUCUCUCGUUUUUUAUUUUUUCCGAGUUAACUUUAUACAUAUAUGUACAUUCAUAUACGCGAUUAAAUUGCUAUACUUAUAAUUGAAUGUAAAAUGUUUUCUUUCAUCUAUAUAAAAAUAAAUUUUUCUUUUAAAAUA